AAUCCAUGACUCGAGUAUUUUCAAUCCCUACAGCGUCAUAUACACUAUACAGUAUUUGUAAGAGUGCAUCGUCGUUCUGUUAUAUGUUUUCUAAUUAACCGAACUUGAAGUGUUUUGCAUUCGCGUUCGUCGAUCUUCUUUCGCACAAUAAAUUUAACCGCAGCUGCGAUAUAAAAAGCGAACAAAAUGGAACUGGAUAGUCAAGAAGAAUGCGUUAAAAAGCUAGAAACCAAGUUGAGCGAAUUACGAGAACAAAGAAUCAAAGUAGAUGAAGCCAACGAAAUACUUCGCAAAAAACUGCAAACAUUAACCAAGCACUUAGACGAUUUGGAUUUAAAAUACGCUAAAGAGAAAGACGAAGCAGAAGCUGAUAAAAAAGAAACAAAGUCGGAGUCGACAACGAACUCGGACUCGGACCCGAAAGAAACUAACCAAGUCGAUGCUGUUGCCCCAGACGAGCCAGAAAAAUGUCUAGUACCGGAGCCUGAAACCAACAACGACGAUGCCAUCGAUGGAUCGAAUAAUACCGAAAAGAAUUCUAAAGACUGAGAAUACGUACUUACCCAGACCCACGCAGUUUUUCAACUCUUUCAAUACUUACCUAUACAUUGUACAUACCUACCUAUACAAAUGUUUUGAUAUUUUGUUUGUAUAAAAAAUUUUAUUACUUA